CGUAAUUCUUUUUUCCACCCAAAGGAAGGCGCUAUACGGAGAAUAUCCCAUUGCGUCAUUGGAAACUGGAAAGUGACUUACACCUCUCACUGGCUAACUGGCUGCGUGGUGUCGUGGUGAACACACUCGCCACGUGAUCUAAUAACUAGGGUUCGAUCCCCGCCGCCGGCCGAACUUUUUGGCGCGUUGUAGGCUAGGUUGUAGGUUUGUAGGUUGUAGGUUUGUAGGUUGUAGGUCUGUAGGUUAGGUUGUAGGUUAGGUUGUAGGUUGUAGGUUUGUAGGUUGUAGGUUAGGUCAGGUGAGGUUAGGUUAUGUUUGUUUUUGUUUGGUUUGUUUACCAAGAAGCAUCUUCGGGUAUAGCGCCUUCCUUUGGUUGGAAAAAAGAAACACGCUUGUUGACAGAGGUCCCCCUCUGUUGAGAGGUCACUUUGCGUUUUUUUUAUAUUUCUAAGAAGCUUUGGUAUUCUACAUUGGCAUUGGCAUUUGUCAAGGCCGUAUUCAGGCUCUUUCAAACAAGUCAGACAGGCGGUUACUGUGAGCGAACACUAUGAUUAAGCGUGCGGUAUACCUGAUCAUACUGGUGCUGAUUCAUCUGGUGUAUGGCGUGACCUGGCUGUCGCUGCUGAAGCUCAGCCUGGGCAUCAUACUGGUGUUUUACAUCGCAGUGCCGUUGAUCUACCACUUUUGUCCGACCGUGCCGCGCCACCUGGUCUUUCUGCCCUUCUUGCGAUGGCCGCGGGGCAUCAGUUUUACCCAGCCGGAGCUAUCGGGCCUGCGGGCGGCGCGCAACUUUUACGUCACGACCUCGGACGGCGUGCGCCUGGGCGUCUGGCACAUUUUGCCCGAGCAGGAGAUCGACCGCGUGUCUAACGGAGACGGGGAGCCGGACAGCACGGUCUUCGAGUCGCGUCUGUCCUCCGGGGCGCCCAUCAUCUUCUACAACCACGGCAACUCGGGCUCCCGCGCCGGGCCGCACCGUGUCGAGCUGUACAAGGUGCUGCGCAAGAUCGGAUACCACGUGGUCUGCUUCGACUAUCGCAGCUACGCCGACUCGUCCCAGGUGAUACCUAGUGAAACGGGCGUCGUCUCGGACAGCAGGUUCAUGUACAAGUGGCUGCGACAGCGUGCCGGCCGCUCGCCCAUCAUCGUGUGGGGACACUCACUUGGCACCGGUGUGACCUCCCACAUGGUGGCUGACCUGUGUCUGGAGGGUGACCGUCCGACGGCGCUGGUCCUGGAGUCGCCCUUCAACAACAUCCAGGAGGAGGUCAGACUGCACAAACUGGCCUCGCUGUACCGUAAGAUGCCCGGCUUUCACUGGCUGUUCCUGAAACCUCUGCGUGACAACGACAUGAUGUUCGAGAGUGACCGCCACAUCGCGAACGUCACGGUGCCCGUGAUGAUAAUGCACGCAGAGGACGACCUCAUCAUACCCUACUCGCUGGCCGUCAAGCUGCACCGUGCGGCGUUGCGGCACCACCCGGCCGACAGGAUCGAGUUUCACACGUUCGAGGCCCAGUACCACUACGGACACAAGUACAUCUGUCGCAGCCCGCGGCUACCCGGACUGGUUCGAGAUUUUGUGGAGAAGAGCAUACACUGGCACAACAAGCAAUAAGGAAGCCGCUGGCUCGAACGAGUCGAAUGAUCCGUGAGGUCAUUUAGCGGCACACUUACAACAAUCUGACAUGAUUCCAGUGGCAGGGCGUGUUUCAAGACUCCCAUCAACCCAGGGUCUUAUCUUGCCGAGACUUUGUGUUCUAUUUGAGCACAGUGGACGGUUCUUUAGCAUGGCUAGUCUCGUCUGCGGAUAUGCUGUUUUAUUUGACGCGACUGGUGUGACAUCUAUAAUGUACGUUAUCGGCUAGUAAUCCUAGACGUGAUGUAGGUGGCAGCACCUGUGCGCAUGCCCGCUAUGCGGAGCUUCAGUGACUGCUAAUACCGCAUACCGCUAAACUAGCCGUGACAUUGCUGCUGCUUUCGUUAGCCAGCCAGCUGUUAUGAACGCUGUGAUGUCCCGUUGGCUUUAGCCAUGCCUAUACUCGAUGUCUUACAAUAGCGGCUGUUCCCAGGAGUAAAUCUUACUGCGUGGGUUCACCUAUGAGUGACCGGUUUUACGAAGGGACAAAUCAGUGAAGUGGUAAGCCGAUCGCAGGUUACCAAGCUUUAUCAGGUUUCUGCGUUUUAAUUGUGGACGUUGGUAACAUUGACGAUAUUAGGGCUGCUGCUGAUAGGUGGAUCCAGUCAUUCCAAUGGAGUGCCUGGUUGUUUUUAUUCAAAGACGGCAUGUCGCUUCCCCUAAGUUUCCGCCUGGUUGAUGGUACUUUGGUGUAACACAACGCUUAGCUAGAAGUGCGAAUCAACAUGUACCAUAAACCGGCAUCAACAUGCUUUUGCCAGUCCAACAGCGUUCUUGCUUCUUGCGGCGACCCCUCAGAGCAACCUGCGCUGUAUAACAUAAUAUGCUCACCGCUCCAACGCUUUUGCUCAAAGCAUCUGCCCGACUGCCUGAUGUCGCUGCCUCCUCAUAGAUGUCACUGUGAUCGCUGUGACCGGGUUGUGACCCAAGUGUAGCAUCAGCCAAGCCUUGUAUUAGACCGACCGGAGCUGACCGGGUCGGAUUUCACUCAGUCGAUGUUUGGUUCUCUCGUGUCGGGUUUUGCAGGCUUCAAUCAUGUUCGGUUAAUUGUAUUUUCUGCUGUGGUUACAUACAGUUGAAUUUGGUUGUCAGAGAGUUGCAAUACAGUGUUUCUGAUGUUA